GAGCAACUUACAAAGCCGGUACUUCUGACGGCUGCUGUGUUCAUAAGAGCUCAACAUGUGCUGAAAAUUCGAGAACUAAUGCCAAUGCCAGAACGGUUCUAAGGAGACUCACUUGCAGAUCUAUCAAUUACGGUAUGUAUCUAACUUGGAGUUUAGAGCAGAAGCAGAUUUUCCGCAGUGCUCAAGAUUCUUCAGGUUGCUAACUUUUCAAAGAUGGGUCAUCCUCGUUCGCAUUGUCAGCGUGGCUCCUCUCUAGCUGAUCAGCUUUUGAGGCUUCCAUGCCGCAACAUUGGAAGCGCUCCUUCAGCAGAAUAGGUCUGAUGAGCAAAUGAGGGGGGCGUUCCUUGUUUAGAAGCAGCAGUCAGCUCAAAACCUGGUCAGUAGUCUGCUUCUUUCUGUUUAUGGUGUUGCAUAUUUUCUCCUUGAGCUGACAGGCGGUGCAGCAUGUUACAGCAUUGUAGCAAACCAACUUUCUCUCCAGCUCUGAAAAUGGAUCCACUAUCUGCCAGCAAAAAGAAGGACGACUGCGCCCCAUUCCAAAGCAGUUGUUCAAGGCUGCAUAUGCAGCCAAGCAACCGUUUGGCAAAAGUUGGCUAAGGGAACUGGCAUUGGCAGACGUGCUGAUAUGCACUUGGAUAGUGAAUCUUUUGCUGCCAAGGACGAUGCAGCAGGCGAAAGAGACAAGCAUAGAGCUCCUUUCCAAGUACAGCCUCCCUUGCCGACGUCCGGGCGAGAGUCGUAGCUCUUGCGGAGCUUGUGGCAAGCAAAACCCGCUCGGCGUCUGGACCGACAUCCUGGCGUUCAUCACCCGCGUGGGCGACCUCGGGUUCUUGGACAAGACGCUCAGCAGUACGAACGCUCCAUCAGGACCGCAACAAGAUCGAAGACUCGGCCCGGGCCGGACGAGGACGUGUGCCGGGAGGUGGCGGAGGAGGACGGGGUCCUUCCUGGAGACGCUUAGCUGA